CGUUUUUGAAUUCCAAGACUGGCCCAUUUCUCCACCGCGGCGCCAGGCGGCGCAGUAGGGCGGUGGGAGAGUGCGCGUGCGCAGUUAGCGGACGGUUCCGGAGACAACGCUCCCAGCCGCCUGCGGGCUCCCUGGGCAACAUGAAGACCGGCGAGGACGCCAGAGGAGAGGGCAGCGCGGGACCGCGGAAGCUAGGACUCUGCGUCCUCUGCGGCCUGCCAGCAGCAGGAAAAUCGACCUUCGCGCGGGCUCUCAGCCACCAGCUACGGCAAGAGCGGGGCUGGGCCGUGUGCGUCGUCGCCUAUGAUGACGUCAUGCCGGACGCGUUCCUCGAGGAGGCGAGCGCACGGCCAUUGCCAUCCCAAUGGAAAUUGCUUCGACAGGAACUCUUGAAGUACCUAGAAUACUUCCUGAUGGCUGUCAUUAACGGGUGUCAGAUGUCUGCGCCACCCAACAGGACUGAAGCCAUGUGGAAAGAUUUUAUAACCUGCUUAAAGAAUCAAGAUCUGAUAUCUUCUGCAGCGCUUGAGGCCCAGUCUUGCUACCUCUUAACAAAGACUGCUGUUUCUAGACCUUUGUUUUUGAUUUUAGAUGACAACUUUUAUUAUCAAAGUAUGAGAUAUGAAGUCUACCAACUGGCUCGGAAAUAUUCAUUAGGCUUUUGCCAGCUCUUUUUAGAUUGUUCUCUCGAGACCUGUUUACAGAGGAAUGACCAGAGACCACGGACACUGCCUGCCGAGACCAUCCACCUGAUGGGAAGAAAGAUAGAAAAGCCCAACCCUGAGAAAAAUGCUUGGGAACACAACAGCCUCACAAUUCAGAGUCCAUCAUGUUCUGCUGAGGCCAGCCUGCAGUUGACUGAUUUAUUGCUUACUGCUUUGGAAAAUCCAGUGAAAUAUGUUGAGGACAAUGUGGAACAAAAGGAAACAGACAGAAUUAUUUGUUCAACUAACAUUCUCCAUCAAGCUGAUCAGACACUCCGACGAAUUGUCUCUCAGACGAUGAAGGAAGCAAAAGAUGAACAAGUGCUUCCUUACAACUUGAAGCUUCUAGCAGAAGAACUUAACAAGCUCAAAGCCGAGUUUUUGGAAGACCUAAGACAAGGAAACAAAAAAUACCUGUGCUUUCAACAAACCAUUGACAUAGCAGAUGUUAUUUCUUUUUUUCAUUAUGAGAAAGAUAACAUUGUACAGAAAUAUUUCUCAAAGCAGCAUUAAAACUUCUGAUUUUCCAA